GGCCGCCUCCGACAGCUGGAGCAGCGACCUGUCGCCGCCCCCGAUGCAAGCUCUUCCAACACCUCCGAUCGCCUCGAAGCAUUGGAGAUGGACGUCGGCUCACUCAAGGACGGCGUGCAGUUACAGCAGACCGCAACGCAACAGCUGGAACAACGCAUCUGCACUGCCGCCAACCACUCGAGUUCGGAACCGCGCGAGACAACUCCAAAGUUUAACGGCCAGGAGAUCUUCCGCGACUCGACGAAGACAGAUCCGAUAUCAUGGUUCUGCAAGUUCGAGCUCACGCUACAGCUACACUACGUCAAGGAACACAAGCACCACGCGUACUUGUACUCCUGGUCGGGGGGCGCGUGCCAGGCAUGGUUGGACAAUCUCUUGUCCAAGUACGGAGAAGUAGCUGCCGACUUGCACACCAAGAUCAGCUGGGAUGAUCUGAAGGCGGCGUGGCACAAGCGGUUCAAAGUCGAGCCGUCAGAGAUCAAGGCUAUGGAUAAGCUCAUGGUCUUCGGGCAAGGCACGCUGCCGAGUACCAACUGGAUUGUCGAGUACCAACGCUUGACAUCAGUCCCAGACAUCCAGAUGGGCGUCAAAGCCAUCCGCUACUAUUUCAUCUCAAGGUCCUGUCCGACAUUAAGCAAUGCCUUGACUCACGUCGAGGACACCUUGACGACAACGGCGGGACUCUUUGACAAGGCCGCGCAAAUCAUUAUCACGAACAAGGAGGCCAAGAACCUGCGUUCGUCUACGCCAAGCCCGACCAGAGACCAGCAUCGACCAAGAGUGGCCGCGGACGCGGCGGCAACGCCGUUUGACCAAUCUAGCGAGGCUGUGUCUGCCAAUGAAGGGGACAGACUCGCAGCCGCCCGGGAAGGUGGCCGCCCCGGCAAAGGCGGAGGACACGGCAAAACGAAGACACACACCGCAUCUAGCCCCGGGCCCGGCGCAGCAGCUCCAGCCCCAUGGCAAGGGCAAACAGGGAAACUGAGCACCGCCGAGAGUGACUCGACGACACUCUCGACGCCUCCGGAACCGGUCUCUUCGCGAGUGACCGGCCUUCAUUCUGAGGCGCAUGCGGAAGUCGAUAGUCCUCUUCUGUAUUCUUUUGAGGACUAUGCUGCCCGGCUCGUUUCUACGCUGGGUACUCAAGCUCAAGGACAAGACGCGUGUGUGGCAUCUUCUCCGUCCGGCAGCGGCGACUUAUCGUCUUCAAGUGGUUCUUCACGGGAUUCGGCACGUGAGUUCAACAUAGAGUUAUUGGACUCGCUCACAUCCAAGGACUUUGCAUGGCUUCCACUCCCAACCACGGGCCGCCUGUCGGGACCGCAAUGCGCAACACUAUGCGCUCAUCUCCACACGUACUUAUCCUUCUAUGCACCACCAACUUCGCCGACGGAUGACGAAGUCGCGGUGGGGGACAUCCUUGCGUAUGUUACCAAGGUGGCCCGCGAGUUUCGCACGCAGCGGUACGAUGACAACAACGCAUCUCUCAUGUAUGUCCGCAUCCAGGUUGGGCAAGCGUCCUGCAGUGCUUUGCUGGAUAGCAGCGCGUUUCGCAAUUUCGUGAGCCAAACCUUUAUGCAAAGGGCUGGCCUUGGCGCACAAUUUCGGAGGAAGGCAAACCCGACGGCGAUCAAGUUGGCGGAUGGAAAGACGCAUCAACUUCUCGACCGUUACAUCGAGGCCGUACCGGUGUAUUUCGCACCUCAUGCAUGCGAACCGGUAACGUUCGACAUUCUCGACACGGAUUUCGACAUCAUUCUGGGAAUGCCUUGGCUUGCAAGUGCGGAUUACACGAUCAACUUCCACUGGCGGACUCUUAGCGUUCGCGACGCCUUCGGCGCCGAAGUGGCGUGUACUAUUCCUCUACCGCACCCUUCGAUUCGGUGCCAAGUGGUGACGGCCAAAUCAUUCCGGGCGACUUGUGCUUACAAGCAGCCCGAGGAGAUCGGCCUAUGUUUCCUACGGACCGUCGCGGUAGCCGACUCUUCACCCACAGACUUGUCUUCGGACCUCCGGGUGGUGCGGUUGCUGGACGAGUUCGCCGACAUCUUUGAGUCACCUACCGGUGUGGUGCCAGAUCAGCCGAUCUCUCACGAGAUCAUUCUUGAGGCCGGUGUCGUGCCGCCAAGAGGUUGCAUCUAUCGGAUGAGCGAGGAGGAGCUUGAGGUCCUCCGCGCACAACUCGACGACUUGUUGGCCAAGGGUUGGAUCCGCCCUAGUAGCUCCCCAUAUGGAGCACCAGUUCUCUUUGUCCGGAAGAAGAACAAGGAUCUACGAUUGUAUGAUAUUCUCGUCUAUAGCCGGACAUUGGAGGAUCAUCUUGGGCGUCUUCGACGAGUGUUUGAAACGCUCCGCCGUGCGAAGUACAAGGCCAACUGCAACAAGUGUGAAUUUGUCUGGCAAGAGCUGGAAUACUUGGGCCAUUUUGUCACACCGGAGGGCAUCAGUCCGCUAUCGGAGAAGAUUCAAGCCAUCCAAAAGUGGCCGGAGCCUCGGAAUGCCACAGAUGUCCGCUCGUUCCUUGGUCUCGCCGGCUACUAUCAGCGUUUCAUCAAAGGCUACUCGAAGAUCGCGGCCCACUUGACCAAGCUUCAAUGCGAGGAUCGACCGUUUGACUUCGGAGAGGAGGCGCGGGAAUCAUUUUUGGCUCUCAAAGUCGUGCUAUUAUCUGCGGAGGUCUUGCGCAUAUAUGACCCGCUUUUGCCUACGAGCGUCACUACGGAUGCGUCAGGCUAUGGCAUUGGUGCAGUCCUCGAGCAACAUGAUGGUGUGGACUAGCACCCGGUCGAGUAUUUCAGCAAGAAAGUGCCCGUCGUGCAUUUCAUUGACGAUGCACGCAAGAAGGAGCUCCUCGCCUUCGUCCACGCGCUCAAGUGGUGGCGGCACUUCCUCCUUGGUCGCCUGAGUUUCAGGGCAGGUUGGUCUGAUAACAGACCGAAAAUGGCCCUUCGUUUCAGGAUGGCCAGGAGCAGGAAAUAAGGAAGAAAUUCAAUACCAAUGUACUAGGGCAAGGAUUGGUGGCAACCUUGCACGGAAAUAACCUCGAUUUUAAAUAGAGGAGGGGGAUUGAAAAUCAGUUAAUGGAAGGAGCUUAAGGGCUCUACAAUCA